AUGGCCGUGGCCACCACUAACGGGGACGUGCCCGCCGUGUGGGACGAAUCAAGACAGCUGGGCCAGUUGUUUAUGAUGGGCUUUGAUGGUACAUCCGUCACUGACCAGGUCAAGGUCUUGAUUGAGAAGUACCACGUAGGCUCCAUACUGCUCAAGGCCCAAAACCUCAAAUCUGCCGAACAGGCGACCCAGCUUGUGCUGGAUCUCCAGACUCUUGCUCGCCAGGCUGGUCAUCCAGUUCCCCUCUUGAUUGCUCUUGACCAGGAAAACGGUGGCGUCAACAGCCUGUACGAUGAGGUCUAUAUCCGUCAGUUCCCCAGUGCCAUGGGCUUGGCUGCUACCGGCUCCAAGAAAUUGGCAAAGGACAUUGCCAGAGCCACCGCUCAAGAACUGAACUCGUGUGGUAUCAAUUGGAUCCUGGGCCCGGUGUUGGAUGUCCUGACCAAUGCCAGAAAUCAGCCUCUUGGUGUUCGAUCCGUAGGCGAUGACCCUCAUGAAGUCUCGGCAUAUGGCGUUGAAUGCAUCAAAGGUUACCAAGAAGGCGGCGUUGCGACCUGCGGCAAACAUUUCCCCUCUUACGGCAAUCUCGAAUUCUUUGGCGUCCCAGACGAUGUGCCUACCAUUACAGACUCGCUGGAGAACCUGAGCCAAAGCGCUUUGGUUCCUUUUCGUGCAGCGAUCGCCCACGGCGUUGAUUCGAUGAUGGUCGGGGGCGUUGCCAUGGCGUCUUCUCAGGUCAACGUAAUGCAUGCCUGUCUCUCGGAGCAGAUUGUCCGAGAUUUGUUGCGGCACGAAAUGCGCUUUGAGGGCGUCGUCGUUUCAGAAUGCCUGGAAAUGGAGGCUCUCAGCCGCAACAUCGGCAUCAGUGGUGGGACAGUUAUGGCCUUCAAGGCCGGCUGUGACCUGAUCCUGACCUGCCGAACUCUGUCGGUCCAAGAAGACGCCAUCAAUGGUCUAACGGCUGGGUUGGAUAAUGGUAUGAUUGAAAGAUAUCGUGUGCAAGAGUCGGUGCAGAGAAUUCUCAACAUGAAGAAAAAAUAUACCUCCUGGGAAAAGGCGUUUGCGCCGGCAGGAAUCGAGAAUCUCUCACGAUUACAGCCUCUUCACACAAGCCUGUCAACUACAGCUUAUAACAAAUCAAUCACCGUGGUUCGAGAUCAGAAAAACUAUCUGCCUUUGUCGAGAGUGAUUAAAUCCGAGGAAGAGCUCCUCCUGUUAACGCCCUUAGUCAAACCAUUACCGGCGUCCGCACUAUUUCAUCUCCUGCAAAAUGAGGCGUCAACAGUACCCCAUUUAGGACGAAGUCCCAGUAUCGAUACGAAUACGUCGAUCAUGAGUGGUGAGCAAGUCUUCCGAGAACUUGGCCGCACGCUCGCCCGAUAUCGCAAUGGCAAAAUCUCUCACACUUCAUAUACCGCAAAUGGAGUGAGACCUCUCCAUGAAAACCUCUUGAACCGAGCACGGGCAGUGAUAGUCAUUACGGCCGAUGCGGGUCGAAACAUGUAUCAAAACGCAUUUGCAAAACAUAUAUCCAUGCUGUGCAAGUUGUCGGUGGGAGCGGACGGCACUCCGCGAGAAAAACCUUGCGUUGUGGUCGCCGUCAGCUCCCCUUUCGACUUUGCAUCGGAUACGUCGAUUGGAACAUAUGUUUGUACCUAUGAUUUCACCGAGACUGCCAUGCAGGCGCUGGUCCAAGUACUUUAUGGUGAGCUUACUCCGUCUGGUGUGUUGCCGGGCUCAUUUAGCCAGAAGCAUCAGACCAGCCACACCAGACAACAGUGGCUUGUGGAAAGCUUCAGCGAAGAACGAGACUCAGCAGCACUGGACGCCCUCCUCAUUCAAUCACUGAAUGAGCCUUCGGUGAACGCAGCAGCGCUGAAGAACGCCGUGACCGGCACUUUUCUCCUCCGUGAUCCGGAUGUGGAAGAGGCGCAUUUUGUGGUCAGGAAUAGCAGCACAAAAGAGUUGUUUGGGUUCUGCACCACAUAUUAUUUCAAGAACAGCGGCGUUGGGCAUAUCGGUGCCAUCAUCGUGGACCCUGCGCGCCGACGAUUAUCCAUUGGUCACUCUUUGCACGACCGUGCUGUCCGGGCGUUACUCCAGAAGAAAGGCAUCACCAAGUUUCAGCUUGGUGUGAGGUUCCCGCACGUGUAUCUGGGGAUUCCUAAACUGGAUCCGGUGGAAUACAAACGCCUUCGCCAGUGGUUUGCGAAACUCGGGUGGAACGUUUCGCUUUCGACACCCGUGGCAACCAUGGUAAUUCGCGAUUUGUCAAUCUGGAUUGCUCCCGAAGGCCUAGCUCAGGCACUGACAAGUCCUGAGGUCAAAUAUGAUCUGGUUCACGGAGCCGAGUACGCUGAAGUGAUGAUGGAACAUCUCACAAGAUGCGCACGGACGGAUGUACGAGGCAUUUACCAAAUGGCCCUUGGCAACAAAGAAGGCUGCGGCAUCAUUCGAGCUAAACGGGCAACUGACCAGUCUAUUCUAGGCAGUAUUUUGAUGUGCCGAGCGGAGUCUCGGAUUGCCCGCCAUGUUCCGUCGCUGUACAAACAGGUUGGCACGGCGUGUUUGUCGUCCCCAGUCAUCUCGACCAUGUACAGCGAUCGAGUCUCGCUUUUCCAAGGCCUCGUCCUAUUGGGAAUACGUCAGAUCAAGAAACAAGGCUUGCGGACAUUGCUCCUGGAUUAUACCCGCGAAGACCUUUCAAUCAACGGUCUAAAGGGCUUGGGCUUUACCAUCAGCAACAGUUUUGAGGAAAUCUCCAGCGAUCCAGUUCACUGGACAAUGAUGUCCGCGACAUGA